CCGAAUCGUGUGAUUAUUAUAUUGUCUAGUGAUUUAGCAAGGAAAACUCACUAUAAUUCGUGUUUUUUUUUUGUAAAGUUACUAUCAUAAUCAUGAAAGAAACUAAAAUGAGCACCCACCUUAGCGGUGGUAGGCUUAAUGUGGCGCUGGUGCAAGAGACUAUGAGGAAAGAACUCUUAAACCUUCUCCAGCUUUGUGAAGGGCCAAAAGUAACAAUAUGGGAUGACUGGCUAGCAGGCCCAGUGGGUCUUGUGGCACAGUAUGCUCUUCUCAAAGAGCAUGAAGUGACAGACAUGUUUCCCCUCCGGCCUGGCAACCUACCAUCAAUAUCCGUCAAACAUAUAGUCUUCAUUGCACGACCCAAACUUGUGUUGAUGGAUUUGGUUGCUGAUUACAUACUGUCUUUGAGAUCUAAACAAAGUAUACCAGUGGAGUUCCACCUGUUCUUCGUGCCGCGCAAGAGCGAGCUGUGUGAGAAGCACCUCAACAACCGCGGGGUGCUCGGCAACCUCUCCAUACAGGAGUUCAAAUGUGACAUCUUCCCAUUUGACAGCGACGUUAUGUCGUUAGAACUGCAGAAUGAUUUUAGAGAAAACUACCUGGAAGGCGACCCGACGUGUAUAUACAACUCUGCGCAGGCGCUGCGGACCAUCCAGCAACUGUACGGUAUCAUACCACGCGUUUUCGGAAAGGGAAUGGCUGCCAAACAGGUAUGGGACCUACUCUGCCGUCUAAACAAGGAGGAGCAGGGUAUGGGCCCCAAGGGCUCGCAGACCUCCUGCAUAGACCACUUGCUGCUGCUAGACCGCGCUAUAGACUUCACCAGCGUUAUGUCCACGCAACUCACCUACGAAGGACUUAUCGACGAACUGUUCGGCAUAAAGAACUCGACGGCGACGUUUCCCGGCCACAAGUUCGUCAGCCCGGACGAGCCGAGUCCCGAGGCGGCCGCGCGCGAAAAGCGACGUAUCAUACUCAACUCUGGCGAGGAGUUGUUUCAAGAACUUCGAGACUGCAAUACCACUGCUGUGGGCGCAGCGCUAUCAAAGAAGGCGCGUGUGAUCAAGACGCAGCUGGACGAACGCCACAACGACAAGUCGGUGCAGGAGAUCAAGCAGUUCGUGUCCCGCCUGCCGCAGAUGUUGGCCAACAAGCAGUCAUUGGCUACACACACCGCCAUCGCGGAGUAUAUCAAGGAGGCUACAGAUUGCUUCGAGUUCCACGACACGAUACAAUGCGAAGAAGACUUCCUGAACUGUAUCGACAAUGAGAAGACAUCGCCCUUCAUAGAGGACUUAAUCGCGCAGAAAGCACCGCUCACAAAGAUCCUUCGUCUGAUCUGCUUGCAAUGCGUGACGGGAUCGGGGCUCAAGCCGAAGGUACUGGAACACUACAAGCGGGAGCUGGUACAAGUAUACGGUCUGAAGACCUGGCUUACAUUGUGCAACCUGGAGAAAUGCGGGCUGCUGAAGCCACAGGCGGGGAUGCGGCAGUACGCUGUGCUAAGGAAGGCUCUGCACCUGACGAUGGACGAUUCGGAGCUGGAGGCGCGCGAAAAGAGCUACCUGUCAUCCAAAUACACGCCGCUCAGCGUGCGGCUCGCCGAGCACAUCGCAAGAAACAAAGCCUGGUCCGGUGUCCAAGACGUCUUAGGCCUCUUGCCAGGGCCGACGGUCGACGAGCUCCAGACCCUCCAGCCGCGCAUGGCCCGCCGCAACUCAAUAUCAAGCGACAACUCCUCCUCACUCGAGACGCCCAGGGUUGUCCUGGUCUUCUUCAUCGGGGGAUGCACCUAUCACGAAAUCUCAGCUCUUAGGACCAUUAGUCAGCAAGAAGAUUCUAAUGUGGAAUUCGUAAUAUUGACCACUAAAUUAGUCAAUGGAAACACUUUUAUUGAGAGUUUGAUGGAGACUGAAUGAGGUAGACUUCUGUAUUGAAUAGGGCUGUUUUUAUGUGGCAAUGCAUUGUUUUCUUUUUGUAUGUUUUAUAUUCUAGACUAUAAAGUAGACAAUUUUGUAAAAUUGAAGAAAACUUUACAUAAUAUAGUCUAUGGUCUUCAUAAACAAUGUAAGCCAAGAUACAAAACUUACAAAUAAAAUCAAAUAGGCAUUGCAGUAAACUGAUAAAGAUGCUUUUUUCCCACAUCUAUAAGUAUUAAUUUGCUUAGGGGGGUUAAAAAGGCCACAUCCAAGCAAUUCAUCUAAAAAAGCAGUUUGACAUUUGUGCUUGUGCAUAUAAAAAUAAGUGCGCAAUGCACACAAAUAUCAAUUUUUUAGAUGAAUUGCUUGGAUGUGGCAUUUUUAACCCCCUAGGAAAGCAAAACAUAUGUACUAUGUCAUUCUUAUAUUUAGAGUUUACAAUAAGACACCAAAGUGUAAUAAAAAUAAAUUGUUUAUAAAUUAUAUUGUAUAUUAUGCAAGUUGAAU